AUGCGUUCUAUUCACCGCCAACUAUCCAAUCUUAGGAAUUCCUCCAACAGCUCCCCAUCCUCUCCAAGCAGGACUGACACUUUGACUUUGGCUCAGAAGUACGAUCAGGACCGCCAAAGAUUGAUUGAUUGCUGUUUUUCCAAAUUUGAUAGAGAUAAUAACUUGCAUGAAAACUAUAUAACCCAUGUCAGAAUAAUCGAAGACUCCUAUUAUCCUUCUGCCAAACCUCCCCCGUCUUCUGCUCAAUCUCACAAAAAAAACCGUAUCUUAGCUUUAGCAGUCAAGAGAUCUGGAAAGGUAAGACUUCAUAAAGGCAGAGAAAACAAUGAUUCAACCUUUCAAAUUGGAAGAACCUGGGAUCUAGAUGACUUGGCCUCCAUAGAUAUCGAUACAUCUUCUCAAACUGGCUUCAACAUGUUUUUAGGAAAAUCAUACUAUUGGGAAACAAAUUCUGCAAAGGAGAGAACAGUUUUCUUAAAAAGCAUUUGUAACAUUUAUUCAAAAUACAAAAAUGGUGAGUUGCCUAAACUCACUGGCUUUGAUGCAGAUUUUUCAAGAGAAAUCAAUGCCCUUGCUCGUUCAGAAAGUCUAUCUAGCAAACAUAGUCCAACAAAAUCAAGAUCAAACUCAUAUGCUACCCCCAAUGAUCAACACAAUACAAAACCUGUUCACCAAAGUAACAGUAUCAGUAGUCAGAUUUUUCAUCACUUUCCAAAAUCAAAUUCGCCUCAUUUCAAUCAAAAACCAGCAAGUCCUACAAAAUCUAUCCACUCAAUUUAUUCUCAGCAAUCUCAAUCUCAAUCUCAGUUUGCCUAUCAAAAUCACCCAUCAAAUACUCAAUUGCAUCAAACGAAUCAGCUACAAUACCAAAACCAAAACCAAAACCUUCCAGCAAGAAUGCACACUAUUGGCAAUAACAACAAUAAAAACAUUCAAAAUAAUCCCCAACAUAACUUCGAAAACCAACCAUUGCCUAACCACAUUAACCAACCAAUCUCAACUUUUCCAAAUAACCCAUUAUCACCGGUUCACCCUGCCAUACCUGGUAGUCCCUCUCAUCCAUAUAAUCAACUUAAAAACAAAAACUUUGAAAAUGGUUCCACCAUAUCAAAUGUCGAUCCCUCAAUAUCUAUCAAAAAUGAUAAUAUAAGAAAAAAUUCACUUUCAACCCCUCAAACCCCUGGCACAAGAUCAAGAAAGGGUUCCAUUUUAAAUAAUCCAAAAUUUAAACAAUUUGAAAAAUUAGAAAAAAUUGAAAAAGUCCCCUUAAAUGAUCCAACCAUUAGAAGUUUAUCUGGAAAAGUUAACCAAAAUAAAAAUAUUUUUGAUAACCCUAGUUUUUCAUCCUCUUCUAAUUCUCUUGCUGGGAAAACACCCUCCAUUGCUCACAAGAAAAGUUUGAAAAACAUUGGAAAACAAUUUGAAAACAACUCUUCAACUUUAUCUUUUCAAUCUACUUCUUCUUCUCUUAAAAAAGCCCCUGAAAUUAAAGUCAAAACUCAGAUUUUGCCUAAAGUAAGAAAUUAUAGCAAUAACACUGCGAAUUCACCCAUUAUCAUACAAUCAAAUACAACCAUUAAUAAUAACCCAAACCAAACAUUACCAUAUAGUAAUUUACAAGAUUCAACAACAAUCAGAUCUAUUUCUACUAAUGAUCGAAAUCAAGUACAAAUAAAUAUUCAAACUCAAACUCAAACUCAAACUCAAACUCAAAUUCAAAUGCAAAUGCCAAUAGUUCCUUCACCAGGAACCAUUUCCCCCCUCAAAAUGAGUCCUGGGGUUAAUAUACUAACCGAGCCUCAAAAUAAUUUAACUCAAACUUUACCAAAACUUCAGCCAAAUGAUUUACAUACCAUUCCAUCUUUCCAAAUUACUACAGAAACCCCUAAUUCAGCACUGAAAGGUGUAAGUUUCUCUGAUUCAACUAUCCCACCAGUUGUUGACCCAAAUUCUGCAAUUAUCAACUCAUCAAAUGUCUCUACUGAUAAUGUUUUAGAAAGAAAAGGCCAUAAUCAUAGUUCUUCCAUUGCCAGCAUUCAGUUUAAAAGUCGAAGAAGCAAUCAUUUUGAAACUGAACAAGAAGAUGCCCGUAAGGAAGAAAAACGAAUAAAUCGGCAAGAAGAAAAUAAUAAUAAUAAUAAUGACGAAGAUGAAGAUGAUGACGAUGAUGAUCAAUUUUAUGAUUCCGUGUCUGAUCAUAAAUAUACAAAUUCAGAUUCUCAGAUUGAAACAAACCCAGAAAUUAAGAUAAUUAUUAAUAACGAGGUCCAGGAAAUAAAACACGAUAACGAAGCUUCUGUUUCAAAAAAUGAAGAUGAAGUUUUUAAUAAAAGCGAGAAAACCAAGCCUCGUGCAUUGAAAUUUGCUGAAGAAAAGGAAGUUAUUCCAAGCUCUAAUGUGGAAACCAAGCACAAAAGAGUAAUAUCAGCUUCUUCCAUCCGAACAGAGAUAUCUCCAUUAGAAGAAUUAUUAGAUGAAAUUGAUUGGAAAAGUUCCGAUGAUUCCAAAACAAUUGAAAAAAAAUUGCUUAAAGCCCUUGCUUCGACUGAAUAUGAAAGUAUAAAUUCUUUAAUAAGCGUCUCUCUGAAUUAUCCACAAAUUAAUGGCUCAAUUGAUGCCUCAAUUAUUGAGUGCGAGAAAUUAGAUCCACUUUUGACUUUUUUCCAGGUUGAAUUGGGUGCUUUCCAGGAUGAGAUUAAUUACAUUGAACAGCAAGGGCAUGGUUUACAGGUGAAAACUACUAAUAAAAAACUUUUAUGGAAUGAAUUGAAAGAUAUUUUGGCCAAUAUUAACUUAUCUGAUGAUGAAUUAAAAAUUUUGCAUUCUAGCCCUAUGUCUAACUCAAACGAAAUAAUGAUGGUUGAAAAUGUUUUAAUUAGUCUUUAUGGAGCAAUUAAAACAAUCAAAGGUGUAGGACAAGAUAAGGAAAUUGAUGAGGAUGAUAUUGAUGAGGAUAAAAGAAAUGAAGAAGAUUUAGGUGAAAUGAGGGCUGUUCAAGAAAGAAAAAACAAUUACGAAAGAACAACCAAUAUAUUCCUUUCCAGAUUUAGUGAUUUGUUAUUUGAUCAAUUUAAAUUUAUUUUUAAUGAACUAGAUGGAUAUUUCAAUAAGCUUUUAAUGCAAUAUACUGAUUUAUCAAUGAUGAAUGAAAAUUUAGACUUUAAAAUUAUAAUAGAUGCUCUGUUAAAACAAUUUUCGAAACUUUUUGUCUUUGAUUCAAUUAUUCUUUUUGCCAAAAAGAUUUCAUCGAAUGAUUACUAUAAUUUUAUAAAAUCGUAUCAAACUGUUUUUGCCAAGUUGUUUCAUAAUUUGAUAGGAAGUUAUAAACUCAACUUGUCCAAAUUAAUCAAAGCAGAGCUAUCUGAAAAUACAUUAAAAACCUCUUUUGAUCUAUACAAUGGCAAUUUGACUGUACAUGGGACUGGAAACUCGAAUGAUCUUAAACUUUCUGAAAAGUCAAAAACAGGACUUAAAAGAAAUCAGACAUUAGCAAAGUUUCGCGGUGCUGAUAAAAAUAAAAAAUUAAAAGACCAGUUUAAGCAAAUAGAUGCUAGCAAUAAGGAUUCCACCGGAUUAAAUCAACAGUUUAAAAUCAUGAGUAUUUUUUCUUCUGGCUUAGAAAAGAGUAUAUAUGAAAAGUUGAAAAUGUUCAUAGUUGGAUUCACUAAUUUGAUUAUUCAUCAACAAGAUUUUGUUGUGGAGUUUUUUCAUCUUUCUUCUUAUAAAUAUCUCGAGUUUGAGGAAUAUAUUAAGAAGUAUGAUAGUCCAGAAAAAAGAAUUCAAUCAUAUUUAUCGAAAAAGAGUUACAUUGACAAUAGGAUGGAGUUGAAUAAUGAAAACGCAUCUACUAUUGUUAAUUUGAUCGGAUGGUUAUUCAACAAUGAUAUUAAUGUUGUUAUUAAUUAUAUUGUUGAAGUUUUGAAUGUUAAUAUCAAUUUGAUUCCUGCCAUUAUUUUGUUAUUUGAAGUUCAAAUAAAUUCAUUAAACCUUGGCAACCAGGAAUUUGUUUUAAAGAAUUUUAUUAAUAAAGGAUUGAACAAGAUUAAAUUAUCUUGGUCUACAUAUAUUAGCGAUGAGAUUAGAUUAAUUGAGAAAAAUGUGCUGAUGCAUUUGGAUACAAGCAAAAGAAUUGGUAUAUUAUAUUCCGUUAAGUUGUAUCCUAAAUUUGUUGAUAAAAUUGAAUCAAUAAUCCAACUUGGUGGAAUGGAUCACAAUGAGAUCAAUGGGUUUGAAAUCAGAAGGACAAUGGACAAGUCUUAUACAGAUCUCGGUGCUUCAUUUGUGAAAUCAUUAGAAAAGUGUUACAAUGAUUGUCAAACAAUUAUUGUUUCAACCACUACUAAUGCUUCAGUUGGAAAUUUGAUUGAUGAUAGUAUAAAUGGAAUUUCCAGUAGAAUGAAGUCGACAUUACAUUCUGCUGAAGAACAUGAAGAAAAAACCAAAAUAAACAAAGCAAUAAAUUUGAUGAAAAAUACUAAUUAUUUGGUUGAAAAAUUUUCAGUUUCAGACAAUUCACUUAUUAUGAAUUUCCGAACAAAUUGCUUUAAGAUUUACAAGGAUAGUUUAAAUAUAUAUAUAAGUUUGGUUUUACAAAGACCUAUUGGAAGAUUAAUAGAUUUCAUUGAGGGGAUUGAAAAUAUUACUAGCAAAAAUAACAUUUCUGGAAAGAUCAUCGAUCCAACUAAAAUCAGUGGUUAUAACAGGUCAUCUUUGAAAAAAUUGUUGAGUUUUUAUGAUUAUAGAGAAAUUCACAAGGGAAUUGAAACAUUAUACAAGAGAGUUGAAAAACAUUUAUUGGAUUUUGAAGAGAAAGAAAGAGACUUGAGUAAUUUUAAUAUUGAUGAAAAGGAUGUUAAUAAGAUUGAAUUUCAACUCUUAGGAAAAGUUUGGAAAUCAAUUGAAAAUGAAUUUAUCACAUUAAGUGCAAGAUUUGAGAAUAUUUUAAUGAACUAUUAUAAGGAUAUUGAGAUUCAAUUUCUGCAAACCGAAAUGGUGCAAGCCUUUGCUAGUAUCAACAAGCAACAUUAA